AUGCACGAUCACGACGAAGCGGUGGUGACUGCAGACGCGUCAGAAGGCAGCGUGGCGUCUUUGAACGACAACGACGCGUCGACCUACGGAACACUCCCCAGCGAUGACCUCCCGGAUGAAGAUACUCUCGCAGAGUUAGUCGAGCAAGCUGUUUCCUUGUCCGGUGAUACAACCAUGGUUGAGACGACCUCUCACGAUGUCACUCACGGCGCCUGGACUCGAAGCACCUUGGAGCAUCACUUGAAGCACUGCGGCUCGGAAGGCACCAUUCGACUCCAUCUCAAUCUCACUGUCUUGACUGAAUCGAUGAAUAUGCGUGACGCUAUGUUCGACCAGUUACGCGACUUGAUCGAUUAUUGGCAUCACGUACGCGCACUGCGUAUGAAUAUCGACGACUGGGCGAUCGGGCCCCUCGAAACCAGCAACUACAUUAAUGCCGAGCUUCCUCUCCGGUCUCUUAGUGUGCAAGACCUUUUGCGUCACAGCGAGCGCAUAGUCGUGCGGGUUGUAGAUGCUGUCCAGUUGCAUACAAUCAAACUUGCGCGCGCCAGCAUCCAACUUGUCACCGUCGAAAGCAAGCCUGUAAACUUGGCUGGAUUGGAGAAGGUUGCCCUGAUGGAUGCUGAGCUGUUCUGUAUCUCGGCCGAGGCGCACGGUAAACAUGCAGAAGCCCCACGAAAGAUCAUGUCUCCGAUAGAACGUACUCGUUUUUCUCUGGCGUGCGUAUCGUCCGUGCAACACCUCGUCCUCCAAAAAUCGAACAUCGUGGAAGGAAUGCAAGCAGUCGAAUUCCUGAGGCUACAGUCAUUGAAGAUCAAUGACCGUCCUCUGCAGAUUCUAUAUCUUGUGCGCGCUCUCAACAUGCCGUACCUGCAGAAAUGUUUCUUGCUAUUUCCGAACUGUAUCAGCUUUUAAUACGACAAUGUGGACCUGGAUGCACAGCAGGCGUCCCUUAUCCACCUUGCAAACGCGAACGGAUCAAGUCUUCGGCACCUUAUUAUCAAGCAUGCCUAUCGCACGAAUGACGCUUGGAACAGCGUGUUGACGAGACUUCGUGGAAUCGAGUCUCUGGCAUUGUUUGCUGGUGCCUUAGACAACAAAUUCAUCGACCUGUUCCGUUCGGGGGGGACACUCCCCGUGCUGAAGGACCUCAUACUCGAUGCAUGCAUCCCAUUCUUCCAUCCUCGUGCCGAUCCCUUCAAUGGCAAUCAUUUUUAUCCAUUCAGCGCCAAACGAAUCGCUUCGAUGGCCAAUCAAAGAUCCGGAGAGGGAAAUGGACUGAUUUCGAUCCGCUUUGCUUUGGGCUGGCCGAGGGAACUUUCAAAGAAGAUCAAGCAGGUGUUGAUGAGGACUGUGCAGUCCCGUGAUCUAACCCUCUCAAGCUGGAU